GCUCGAGCAGGAAUCGGGCUUUUUCUUCAACAUGAAGUAUUUCGAAGACCAGGUAGUGGCUGGCGAGUGGGAGGAGGUGGAGCGCUACCUCGGGGGCUUCACCAAGGUCGACGACAACCGCUACUCCAUGAAGAUCUUUUUUGAGAUCAGGAAGCAGAAAUACCUCGAAGCGCUGGACAAGCAAGAUCGAGCCAAGGCUGUGGAGAUCCUGGUGAAGGACCUCAAGGUGUUCGCAUCGUUUAACGAGGAGCUCUAUAAGGAGAUCACUCAACUACUGACCCUGGACAAUUUCCGCGAGAACGAGCAGCUGAGCAAGUACGGAGACACCAAGUCGGCGCGCAACAUCAUGCUGCUGGAGCUGAAGAAGCUCAUCGAGGCCAACCCGCUCUUCCGCGACAAGCUGCAGUUCCCCAACCUCAAGAACUCGCGCCUGCGCACGCUCAUCAACCAGAGUCUCAACUGGCAGCACCAGCUGUGCAAGAACCCGCGCCCCAACCCCGACAUCAAGACCCUCUUUGUGGACCACACCUGUGGCCCCGCGCCCAACGGCGGGCGCACACAGCCGCAGCAGCCUGCUCCGCCCAACUCGCUUCUCUCCGCCGUUCAACAGCAGCAGCAGCAACAGCAACAGCAGCAGCAACAGCAGCAGCAGCAGCAGCAGCCGCCUAAGGCCCAUCCGUUUCCCCUGGGACCGGUUGGCGUGGGCGUGGGCGUGGGCGGGCAUGCGCAGCCACUGCAGCCCUUCCAGCCUGGGGGACCAUCCGCCUCCGCCCUGGCGGGGUGGAUGGGCGGACAGCAGCCUGCAGCUGCGCCUCCCCCCCACGCCGUGGUGCCGCCCCCCCCUGCCAACCUGCCCCCAGGCCCCAACCCAGCUAUGUUGAAGCGGCCGCGCACGCCGCCAGGCAACCCAGUGGCAGUGGAGUAUCCGGGCACAGGGGACUCCGAUAUGGUGCUCAAGCGGCCCCGGGGCGGCAUGGACGAGGUCUACGGCCAAGUCCCGCCCAAUCAGCAGCCGCCACCUGUCCCAGGAGCAAUCCCAGGCCCGCCAUUCGUCGCAUUGGGCAGCAACACGGGGGACGUGGCGAUAUGGGAGGCGGGGUCACGAGAGAAGGUGGUGGACCGCCCGUUCAAGCUCUGGGACCCCCAGCAGUGCUCGCCGCAGUUCCAGAUCGACGCGCAUGUGGGUGGAGUGAACGACCUGGCCUUCUCUCACCCCAACAAGCAGCUCUGCAUCAUCACAUGCGGCGAUGAUAAGACCAUCAAGGUGUGGGAGGCGAGCAGUGGGCGCAAGCUGUACACAUUCGAGGGACAUGAGGCGCCCGUCUACUCCGUGUGCCCGCACCACAAGGAGAACAUUCAGUUCAUAUUCUCGACGGCCAUAGACGGCAAGAUCAAGGCGUGGCUGUACGACCACCUGGGGUCGAGAGUGGACUAUGAUGCCCCGGGCAAGUGGUGCAGCACCAUGGGGUACUCGGCUGAUGGCACGCGCCUCUUCUCCUGUGGCACGAGCAAGGAGGGCGAGACGUCACUGGUGGAGUGGAACGAGAGCGAGGGUGCCAUCAAGCGCAGCUACCUGGGUUUCCGCAAGCGCUCGCUGGGCGUCGUGCAGUUUGACACCACGCGCAACCGCUUCCUUGUCGCCGGUGACGAGUACCUGAUCAAGUUCUGGGACAUGGACAACACUGCCGUGCUCUGCACACUCGAUGCUGAUGGUGGCCUGCCGGCGAGUCCGAGAGUGAGGUUCAACAGGGAGGGUUCUCUCUUGGCGGUGACGGCAGCGGACAACUCGGUGAAGAUCCUUGCCAACGACAUGGGCCUGCGCCUCCUGCGCAACCUCGAAGCCGCUGCUGCCACCGCUGCAGCCGCUGCUGCUGCCGCCGCAGCUGCUGCAGCCGCCCAGAGGCCUGUGGACACCAAGCAACAGCAGCAGCAGCUUCAACAACAGCAGCAGCAGCUGCAGCAGCAACAGCAACAGCAGCAGCAACAGCAACAGCAACAGCAACAGCAGCAGCAACAACAGCAGCAGCAGCAACAACAGCAGCAGCAGCAGCAGCAGCAGCAACAGCAGUUGGAUCGCUCGUCCCCUGCUUCUGCUCUUACUGCUUCGGUGCGUGCAUCCCCUCUCUCUCCUUCCACCUCUCCACCCGUCCUGCUGCCCCCUUUUCCCUCAGUUCCCUUCCCCACUUAUUGGGGCCCCGUUCCCAUUCCCGAACCCUUUCCCUCCCCCAACCCUCCCUCCACGCCCCUGCUCUGCUCACAGCAGAGGCUGCGGGAAGAUGUAACUAGGCUGCAGGAGGACGGGCCAGACAAGAAGGGAUGGAAGCUUACUGAGUUCUCGGAGCCCUCACAGGUCCGGGCCGCCCGCCUGCCGGACAGUCUGCCGCCUAGCAAGGUGCUGCGUUUGAUCUACACCAAUUCAGGUGUGGCACUGCUGGCGCUCUCUGCCAAUGCCGUGCACAAGCUGUGGAAGUGGCAGCGCUCCGACCGCAACACCAAAGGACUGGCCACUGCGAGCUCUGUCCCGCAGCUGUGGCAGCCGGCGAGCGGCAUCAUGAUGACGAACGACAUGGGCGAUGUGAGCUCGGAUGACCGGGAGGGAGCGCACCCGGUGGCGUGCAUAGCGCUGUCCAAGAACGACUCGUAUGUUAUGUCCGCCUCGGGGGGCAAGGUCUCGCUCUUCAACAUGCUCACCUUCAAGGUGAUGACGACGUUCAUGGCGCCGCCCCCAGCAGCCACCUUCCUGGCGUUCCACCCACAGGACAACAACAUAAUCGCCAUCGGCAUGGACGAUGCCACCAUCCAGAUCUACAACGUCCGGCUUGACGAGGUGAAGAGCAAGCUGAAGGGGCACAGCAAGCGCAUCACAGGGCUUGCCUUCUCCAACGCCCUCAACAGCCUCGUGUCCUCUGGGGCUGACUCGCAGUUGUUCCUCUGGAGCACGGACGGGUGGGAGAAGCGGAAAUCCCGCCCGCUGGCUCUCCCGUCGCGCUCAUCCCCGACACAGCAGGCGGACACGAGGGUGCAGUUCCACAACGACCAGCAGCGCCUGCUGGUGGUGCACGAGUCGCAGCUCGCCAUCUACGACGCCGCCAAGCUCGACCGCCUGCGCCAGUGGCUGCCCCGCGACCUCGGCCCGCUCUCCGCGCCCAUCACUGCCGCUGCGUAUUCGUGUGACUCCUCGCUCGUGCUUGCUGCAUUCGCGGAUGCGACUGUGUGUGUGUUUGACGGGGAUAGUCUUCGGCCGCGGUGCCGCGUUGCUCCUUCGGCGUAUGCGCCGUCUGUCGGACCGGGUCUUGUGGUGCCAAUGGUGGUCGCAGCUCACCCGCAAGAUCCUAACCAGUUCGCUUUGGGUCUGAGUGACGGUUCAGUGCAUGUGCUAGAGCCUUCUGAUCCUGAUGGCAAGUGGGGCCCACCCCUGCCUGCUGAAAAUGGUUCUGGGGCGGGUGCUAUGUCGACAGGUGGGGGAAGUGGAGGUGUGGACCGAUAG